AUGCGAGCUUCAUCAAUACUUUUCCCAUCCAUCAAAGCUUUUUCGUUCUCAAGCAUUCGCUGGAUUCAACGCAAUCCUUCUUUUCGAUCCCGAUUUCUAAAUUACUCAGCAGAAAGGGCUAUGAGCGCAGCGAAUGGCAAAGAGGAGUGUGUCGACUCCAGUAGCCCGCAAAAGCGUACCUUCAAAGCAGAGACUAAGCGUCUAUUGCAAAUAGUUGCCGAUUCAUUAUAUUCUGAAAAGGAGGUUUUUGUAAGAGAGCUUUUGAGUAACUCUGCUGAUGCAUGCGAAAAGCUAAAGUACUUCAGGCUAACCGAGCCGGAUUCUGUCAAGAUGUCUUUGGAUACGGAUCUUUCUAUCUCGAUUAGGCUUGAUUCUGAGAAAAAUCAAUUUAUCCUCGAAGAUAAGGGCAUAGGGAUGGACUUGCAUGAGCUUGAUUCCAAUUUGGGAACCAUUGCUCUUUCUGGGGCGACUUCAUUCUUGUCGUCAAAGCUGGUCAAUUCGUCGUCAACUGAAGUGAAAAAUUCGAUCAUCGGUCAAUUUGGUGUUGGAUUUUAUUCCGCUUUUACCGUUGGAAAACGUAUCGACGUUUAUAGCAAAAGCGCGAAGGCUUCAUCAUCGGACUUGGUUAAUGUUUGGAGCUGCGAAAAUGGCGACCCCGAGUAUUCGUUGUAUACAAUUUCUCCGGAUCACCAAGAUCUGGACGGAUUUACCUUUGGCACAAGAAUUGUUGUCCAUUUGAAGGAGGAAGAAUCAAAGUACGCGUCUGAAAAGGUUGUCCAAGAUCUUAUCAAGAAGUAUUCCAACUUCCUGUCUUUUCCAAUCUCGCUGAACGGAGUGGCUGUCAACACGCUUUCGCCCCUUUGGAUGCUUCCAAAAGCCGAAAUAACGGAGCAUCAAUACAAAGAGUUUUUCAACCACAUAUCUGGACCUGAAAGCUCUUCCGAGUCCUACAAGUACGUGCUCCAUUAUUCCACAGAUGCUCCGGUGCAAAUGAGAUGCAUCUUAUUUGUGCCGAAGGAUAUCUCUUCCGUUCCAUACAAUCAAACUCCCGAGCAAGAAGCCCCUAAAAUGAGCCUCUAUUGUAAAAAAGUGCUGAUCAAAGGAAAAACGGCCGAUCUGCUGCCCCCUUGGCUCUCCUUUAUCCGCGGAGUUGUUGACUCUGAGGAUAUUCCAUUGAAUCUUUCCAGGGAAUUGCUUCAAAACUCCGUUUUAUUAUCCAAAAUACGUAAAACAUUGACAGCAAGGGUCAUUAAAUGGCUUCUGGAGGAGCAGCGUGCAAGCCCAUCCGACUUUUCUCGCUUCUAUCGCAAAAUUUCGCCCUACAUCAAAGGCGGAGUUAUGAGUGAAGAUAAAAAAGAAGUAUCCCAAUUGAUGAUGUUUGAAACCUCUAAGCCACCCGCUCCUGAAGGCAGUGACGCCCCAGAUUCUGCUUCCAAUGCCAAGGACGACACGCAAGGCAGCAUUCUGACAUCCUUAAAGUCCUAUGUGAGCAGAAUGCCAAGCGAUCAAAAGGACAUUUACAUAUGCUUAGCUAAAAAUAGAAAUGCGGCCCUAGCCUCUCCAUACUAUGAGCCAUUCAAGCGUCGCGGAAUUGAAGUCCUGUUCUCUUAUGACCCAUUGGAUGAAUUUCUAAUCCCUUCCCUUGAAGGUCUGGUUGAUGGAAAGUCUGUCAAACGAAUUGAAGAUGUGAAGCUCUCAACCGACCCAGAAUCGCAAGCUGGCGAUCCUUUAAACGAGGCCAAAUUGUCCGAUGCUCAAAUAAGCGAGUUGGUUGUGUUUUUGAAAAAAGUGUUCCCAUCUACUGUGGUUCAGAACAUCAAGGCCUCCAACAGAUUCCCCAGCCAUCCGGCACUUUUUGUCGAUCAUGCCUUGCAAUCCACCACCUUCAAGUAUUUUAAGCAAAUGAUGGCCCUUCAAUCAUCUGGUGACACAUCGGGAGAGCUAUUCUCCACGGUUCCCCCGCUUGAUUUGGAAAUUAACCCGGACCAUCCAUUGAUCAGAAACCUAUUUGCUUUGCAUACCAAAAAUUCUGCCUUGGCUACAAAGAUUUCCCUUCAGAUUUUAGACAAUGCCCGUCUAGAAGCUGGUCUUCUUGAGGACGCUCAUGAAAUGGUUUUAAGAGUCUCUUCUCUUUUAGAAGAUUUAACUGGCUCGGCCUCCAUGAUGCAGCCUGUUGAUCCUGUUGUGGAGGUCCUCGAAGGUGAAACCAUAAAAACGGAUAAACCUGACAGUGCCAACAAGAUCGAAGCUAGCGUACAUUAA